UGACCCGCGCCCAAGAUGGCGGCGCGGCGGGCGCUGCUGGCGGCGGGACGGGCGGUGGGCGGGCGGCGCGGGGCCGCGGGAGCCGCUCCCGGCCCGGGUCCCGUUGCUGGGGCCCCGGCGGGGGGAGCUGCUCCCGGCCCGGGUCCCGCUGCUAGGGCCCCGGCGGGGGGAGCCGCUCCCGGCCCGGGUCCCGCUGCCGGGCCCGCGGGAGCCGCUCCCGGCCCGGGUCCCGCUGCUAGGGCCCCGGCGGGGGGAGCCGCUCCCGGCCCGGGUCCCGCUGCCGGGCCCGCGGCGGGGCGGAGCCGCCUGUACGAGCACGUCCGGGAGGGGCUCUCGGCGCGGCCGCAGCUGGACGUGACGGCGCUCAGCGAGCGGGACGUGGAGCAGCGGCGCGGGCCGCUGGGGAGCGCCGGGCUCCGGGAGAUCGUGCGGACGUGGCGGCGGCUGGGGCAGGUCCGGGAUGGCAUCGCCCGGCUGGAGGCCGAGAAGGGCCGCGUGGCCCAGGGGGUCCGCAGGAUCAUGGCUUCCCACGACAAAUCAGCGGCCAAGACGCUCCCGGAAUUGGCAGCGCUGAAGGAACGGGGCCGGAGCCUCCGGGGGCAGCUCCGGGAGCUUGAGGCCGAGGAAUCUGACCUGGAGCAGAGAUUUUACCUGGGGGCUCUGCAGCUGCCCAACAGAACCCACCCUGAUGUGCCUGUUGGGGACCAGAGCCAGGCCCGGCUGCUGGAAGUGGUUGGUGAGAAACCAGUGUUUGAUUUCAAGCCAAAGGGACACCUGGAGCUGGGGGAGGGGCUGGACAUCAUCCGGCAAAGGCGCCUGUCACACGUGUCAGGCCAUCGCUCCUAUUACCUGUGCGGGGCUGGGGCCCUGCUGCAGCACGCCCUCGUCACCUUCACCCUGAGGAAACUGCUCAGCAAGGGUUUCCUGCCCAUGACGGUGCCGGACCUGCUGCGAGGAGCCGUUUUUGAGGGCUGUGGGGUCCAGCCCAGCGCUACCCCCUCCCCAGUUUACACCAUUGACCCUGCACGCUUCGAGGAUCUGUGCCUGGCUGGCACCUCGGAAGUGGGAAUUGCAGGCUAUUUCAUGGACCACGCGGUGCAGCUGCAGGACCUGCCUGUCAGGGUCGUGUGUUCCAGCACCUGCUACCGCGCUGAGACCGACACGGGCCAGGAGCCCUGGGGGCUCUACCGCGUCCACCAGUUCACCAAGGUGGAGAUGUUCGGGGUGACGGCGGCCGAGCGCGGGACGGAGAGCGAGGAGCUGCUGGAGGAGUUCCUGGCGCUCCAGAAGGAGAUUUUCUCAGAGCUGGGGCUCCAUUACCGCGUCCUGGACAUGCCCACGGAGGAGUUGGGGCUCCCCGCCUACCGCAAGUUUGACAUCGAGGCCUGGAUGCCUGGACGGGGCAAAUUCGGGGAGAUUUCCAGUGCUUCCAACUGCACGGAUUACCAGAGCCGGCGGCUGAACAUCAUGUACAGCGGGGAGGGGGGCCGGCUGAGCCAUGCCCACACGGUGAACGGCACCGCCUGCGCCGUGUCCCGGAUGCUCAUCGCGCUCCUCGAGUGCAACCAGCUCCCGGACGGCCGUGUCCGGGUGCCCCCUGUGCUGCAGCCGCUGGUGGGGCAGGAGGUGCUGGCCCGGCCCCCCGCCCCCCUCCUGCGCUACAUCGGCCCCAACCAGCCCGGGGGGGGCCCCCCAAAAUAGAGAGGGGGUCCUGAGGUGGGGAGGGGUCCCCGUGGAGGAGGCAGAGCAUGGCUGGAGCUGGGACUUCGAGGGAUGGACACGACACAUGGGACAGGGGACACGGGGGACACUGAGAACCCUGUCCAGCGUGUCCCCAGGGUGAAAUCCCAAAUCCCCAGAAUAAAACCUGGAAAUCCUCCCCUGCCACGCGCGUGUCCUUUGCUCCGUGGGUGCUCUGGG